CCGCCGGCGCACCGGAUGCACGGGUCGUACCACUGGAUGAACGAGCGGGCGCUGUCGGUGAUUUCGGCGCCGAUCAUUGUGACGGCGAUGGUGUACGGGGCGCAUCCGAUCAACGACAUGCUGAUGGGCAUAGUGCUGCCAAUCCACGCGUACAUGGGGUUCGGGCAGGCGCUGGCGGACUACUUCCACCCGCGCCGCUGGCCGGUGGUCGGCCGGGUGCUCAAGUACGCGCUGGUGGCAAUCACGGGCCUGUCGAUGUUUGGCGCGUGGAGAAUCAACACGACCGAUGUCGGCCUGACCAACUACUUUGCGCGGCUGUGGAAUGCCAACAAGCAGGCCGAGAAGAACUAG